AUGCCAUUUGUUCUAUAUCAACAGCCAUCCAGCUCACCGGAGAUUUCUCCUCGCAAUUGCUGGAAUACCAGCAUUGUUCAAUCAGGAUCGGGCAAAUCAACGUUAGCGGAGAACAUGGUGAAUGGAGUCAAUAAUGCUUUUGGGCGUGAAAUAGCUGUACUCGUUCCAAUGGAUGGAUUCCAUUAUACUAAAAAGGAAUUGGAAGGGUUUGAUGAUCCGGAAGAAGCACGUAGGCGCAGAGGAGCGCAUUGGACGUUCAACGCCCAAGGUUUACUGUCCCUAGUUACUUUGUUACGUGAAGAUAUCACCGAUACUCCCAUCUUGGCUCCAUCGUUUCUUCAUGGCGUUGGUGAUCCGAAAGAAGACGAUAUACAAGUGUCUACGACUCAUCGAUUGGUGGUUCUCGAGGGUCUGUAUCUGCAUUUGACGGAACCUCCACCGUGGAACGAGAUAUCAUCAAAGAUGGAUGAACUAUGGCUCGUUACUGUGGAUCCUGCUGUAGCGCGAAGUAGACUUGUAAAAAGACACAUGAAGAGUGACGUUGCAUCGACCGAAGAUGCGGCAUUGCACAGAAUAGAUACCAAUGACAUGCCUAAUGGUGAAUUUCUUCUCAAGCACAGUGCUAGUCCUGAUAGGAUCGUACUAAGCAUAGAGGAAGAAGGGCAUGGAGUAUGA